AUGAGGGUUCUUCGAUUGGGCUUAUUGCUUGCAUUGGCAUCUGGAUUUGCAGCCAUUUCAAUUUACAUCACCGGACUCUCUAAUCCUUCUUCUGUAUAUACCCGUUAUCAACUCACGGAUGAAGAAGCUCAAUCGUUGCUUUCGUUGCAUACCUCUUUCGAGAAGUGUGUGAGUGCGAAUGGACUUGGUCUAAAAGCAGCUAGGGGCAAUGAUUACUGUCAAACCACAAUAAGUUUUCCCAGUGACACCAUACCAAAAUGGAAAGAUCCCAAAACUGGUGAACUGGAAGCUCUAUCUUUUGAUUUUAAUCUAUGUGAAGCUGUGGCCACAUGGGAACAGGUGCGGAACAGCACCACUAUACUCACCAAGGAAUACAUUGAUUCUUUACCAAAUGGGUGGGAGGAGUAUGCUUGGCGUAGGAUCAAUAAAGGAGUACAACUUAACCGCUGUCAGAACAGGACUUUGUGCAUGGAGAAACUUUCACUGGUGCUCCCUGAAACACCACCCUACUUCCCUAGACAGUACGGGCGCUGUGCUGUUAUUGGUAAUUCGGGUGAUCUCUUGAAAACAAAAUUUGGAAAGGAGAUAGAGGGUUAUGAUGCCGUCUUAAGAGAAAAUGGUGCUCCAGUUCAGAACUAUACCGAUUAUGUGGGUAGGAAAAGCACUUUUCGUCUUCUAAAUCGAGGAUCUGCCAAAGCACUUGAUAAAGUUGUAGAAUUAGAUGAGGAAAGAAAAGAAGUGUUGAUAGUAAAAACAACCAUUCAUGACAUCAUGAACAAAAUGAUCAAGGAACUUCCUAUAAAAAAUCCUGUAUAUCUCAUGCUAGGUGCUUCCUUUGGUUCAGCCGCAAAAGGAACUGGGCUUAAGGCUCUUGAAUUUGCUCUCUCCAUGUGUGAGUCAGUGGAUAUGUAUGGUUUCACCGUGGAUCCUGGCUAUAAGGAAUGGACAAGAUAUUUCUCUGAAUCUCGUCAAGGCCAUACGCCAUUGCAUGGUAGAGCUUAUUACCAGAUGAUGGAAUGCUUGGGACUGAUCAAAAUCCAUUCUCCCAUGAGAGCUGAUCCAAACCGUGUGAUAAAAUGGGUGCCAAGCCCCCGUAUCAUAAGGGCUGCUAGAAUUGCAUCAGAGAAAUUACUGAGGAGAGUUGGAGCAGGAUCUGAAGAUCCAUUGCGUGCAUGUUCCAUCAUUAAGAAGCAAGCUAAAAGAAAUUUAAAAGCAAUUUCAAACCUCCGAAAGGAAGCACUUAUGAGGUAUGUGAAGAGCACAGCCAUGUAUCCUCUGGAGCAUAAUCCGGGACAUGGGUUGCUUUGCACUGUGCCAACUGAUUGA